UCCAGCCAGCCACGGUGCGCCUCUGUUCCAAUGGAAACAGGUGGGAUCCCCGCACUCCUCCAAUCACACCCUCCCUCCGUGCGGGGUGGGGGGGGGAGUCCAGGGCAGGAGGCAGGACCCAACCAACUUCCACACUCACCACAGGAGGAAAAGUCGGGAAAACACAUCUGUCCCCGCAUGUCGCUGUUUCUGUUGGCCUGCGUGUGUUUUUAAAGCUGUUCGGUUGAAUAUUAGCAGGGCAGCGGUGCGCCGGAGCGCUGCGGAAGGAGUUGCCGCCACUUGGCCGCUGUUGAGGCGGUGUAGCAGCGUUUAAUGCUGGGACGUUUCGCUGCGAUGGAGAACAUGCACUAACCGGAUUGGGAAUUGCUUUUUUUUCUUUAUUGGAUUACUCGCGCGGUUAAACCGACCCGGUUCGUUUUCUGUUGAUAUUCUCUUGGUUCCUCUGGUAGUGUGGAGUACUAAAUACUUUUAAAAAUGCCUGCAAAAACCAAGUACAACCUUGUUGAUGAUGGGCACGAUUUGAGGAUCCCGUUGCACAACGAGGAAGCAUUCCAGCAUGGGAUCAACUUCGAGGCAAAGUACAUCGGCAGUCUGGAUGUGACGCGGCCGAGCAGCCGAGUGGAGAUCGUGGCUGCGAUGAGAAGAAUACGAUACGAGUUCAAGGUGAAAAACAUCAAGAAGAAAAAAGUCAACAUCGUGGUGUCUGUAGACGGCGUGAAAGUGGCCUUGAGAAAAAAGAAAAAAAAGAAGGAGUGGACGUGGGAUGAGAGCAAGAUGAUGGUGAUGCAGGAUCCCAUUUACAGGAUAUUCUACGUGUCUCAUGACUCCCAGGAUCUGAAGAUUUUCAGCUACAUCGCCAGAGACGGACAGAGUAACGUCUUCCGCUGCAACGUCUUCAAGUCCAAGAAGAAGAGUCAAGCCAUGCGUAUUGUUCGGACGGUCGGCCAGGCCUUCGAGGUUUGUCAUAAACUGAGUCUGCUGCACACCCAGCAGAACGCAGACGGACAGGAGGACUGCCACAGCGAAAAGAACGGCAACGACUCCUCCGUUACAGGUGUGCGUGCUUAUCCACCUGUGUGUGUGUGUACUUUCCUCGGCUCAGCCCGGGAGCUGACAGGUGCGGAGAAGACGGCAACCGUCUCAGAGGAGACGGACAUCGAUGCGGAGGAGGCGACCCAGGUGGCAACAGCGGAGGAGUUAAACCUCAAUAGAGGGGUGACUGAUCUGGACGCCACAGCCAAGACACCUGACCUGAACCACGCAGAGAACAAGGCUGCAGAGGAGCCCUCUCUGCUCAUGUCCAGCCCCAGGAUGUUGCUCCCUGCAUCGGGCACACUGCCACCAGGCGGCCCCCUGUCGGUCCACCACCAGAUCCAGCUGCUCCAACAGCAGCUCCAGCAGCAACAGCAGCAGACACAAGUGGCCGUGGCACAGGUCCACCUGUUGAAGGACCAGCUGAGUGCGGAGGCAACGGCUCGGCUGGAGGCCCAGGCUCGAGUCCACCAGCUGCUGCUGCAGAACAAAGACCUGCUGCAGCACAUCUCCCUGCUGGUUAAACAGAUUCAGGAGCUGGAGACCAAGAUGUCGGGACCAAACUCCAUGGGAUCUCAGGACAGUCUGUUGGAGAUCACCUUCAGAUCAACGGUCCCUCCAGUGAUCUGCGACCCCACGACGCCCAAACCCGACGUGUCCUCGCUCAACCUGCCCGCGCUGGGCUCCGCUGACGGGAACGCCUUCUCAUCCUCCAACGGGACGCUGGGAAGCCCCCUAGUUGAUCAAAGUAUGUUUGAGAACUCCAUCGCCCAGCAGCAGAGUCCUCAGACCUCCAGGCCGGGUCAGCCCUCGGCCCGGCGCUCCCCAGCAUCAGCUCAUCAAAACAACCUGGGGUCCGGCUCCGUCGACUCUCCAUCCUCCGGAGGCCAACAGAGGCUUAAAAAUGCCAUUAAUCUGGGCAAGGCUGUCGGUGCAAAGGUCAAUGAUUUGUUGAGAAGAAAGGAGCCGAGCCACCUCGGGGACAUCGGGGUCACUGAGGUUAACAAGAACGUUUGGAGCUGUAUGGACGAGUUCAACCAGACCACCGCAAACAGUCACAUCUCCUCCUUCGACUCCUUCCCCCGGCUGGACCCGCCUCCCCCGUCGGGGAAGAAGCGCCUUCCUCGGGCGCUGAAAACCACCCAGGACAUGAUGAUCUCCUCCGAUCCCGUGGUCUCCUCUCCGGACCUCCCCGACUCCUCCUCCUUCCUCUCUUCUCCGGAGAAGACGCCCCUCAUCGACAAGGAGGAGCAGAGGAGCGGUGAGGAGCAGCAGCAGCAGCAGGGCGAGAAGGUGGACGGGGCAUCAGAGGAGCUCACGUCAGCUCCACCUCCGGCCGAGAAGAAUGCAGAUAGUUUGGAGAUGACGGGAAACAAUGAUGGAGAAAAAGAAGAUGUGGAGAACGGGAGCAGUGGAGGAGGCGAGGAGGAGCAUCAGCCCCAGCUGCAGCUCUCCGUGCCGGACCUCAUCAACAAAGAUCCGCCCCUGCUGGAGCCCCGAGCCAAGUCCUGCGACGUCUGGCAGAAGGCGCCGGGGCCGGACUCCCGGCUCGCCUCCACACCCACUAAGACUCCCUGCCGCAUCAGCCUGGGCGAGGAGGUCCUGCUGGGGAACGGCGCCCCCUGCAGCGAAGACUCAGAGCAUCACCCGGACCUGCUGUCGUUUGAGUGACGAGCAGAGCCGAGGUCAGAUACCACUCCAGUAUGUCUCCAAAAGUUUGAAACUUUUGCUGUUAGUUUCCACUCAAGAGGCUCAAGAUGUAAUUCAGAUAGACUGCGGAUCAAAUAUUCACUGCCACUUUUAAAUAUAUAACCCUCCUGCUCCAGGGUUUGCUUCAGGAAAAGGGAACAAGCGCUUCCAGGGAUCAGGGACGGGGUCAGAUCUGUUGCUUUUUAACUUUUUUUAACUUUUCUUUUAGCAACUUCAAAGAUGUGUGGAUGAGUUUUUAAUGUCAUGAUGAUACAAUCUGGCCCUCCAACAUGGCUGGAGCUUCUUCCUGUUCAUAUGAACACAAAGCUGACGAGCACCACAUCAUGAACAAGAAGCAAGAGAGAAAAAGGUGUUGGCGGUGUCUUUCUGGUGCAGAGGGAAUAAAAAAUGUAACAUUUCAAUUAUAAAAAAAAAUAUAGCUAUUAAGGCAUGUCAUUUGUACUUGUUUUAGCUCUGACCAGGUUUCAUAAUGUUGGCUUUAGGAAUGCAGUUAUAGCAGAUAUUGUAAUUACUGUAAAGAAAUAUCCCUUUAAAUGGGCUGAAAAUGUCAAAUCCUGUUCAUGAAUUACUGGCGAGCGUAAAAAAAAACGACUACAUAUGUUCCUGAAAAAGUAAAACAAUAUAACUAGUAUAUCUGAAAGAAUGUAUGGGUUGUUCUAUCUAAGUUAUUACAAUAUAUUAUCAUGCCAGUCAUUUCUAGAACCCUUUUUGACAUUUCUUUAAAGCAUUUAAAGGGAUAUUAUGUCAUGACAGUCACACUGUAAGUCCAUAUUAUACAAAAGCUGCUACAAUGGAACCAGUUACAAACAAUGUAUGAGUUAUAUACCAGAAUAAUUCAGUUCUAGCAGAAGUUUCAGCAGUGUAGUAUCACUCCAGCAUGGGAAUUUCUUUAAAAAAACUGAAUCCAGAUUCUGAGGGAAAGGAGGAGGGAGAGGCAGAAUGAAUGUGGACGUGUUGAGAGAUGGAGAGGUUUGAGGGGUGAGUUCACUCUCAGUUCAGUCGGACGCUUUUGUUUCAGACCGGAAGCCUUCUGGUCCAGUAGGAGCUUUCCAUCUUGUCCCCUCCUGCGCUGGCCUAUGGCACACAUUGUGACCCUGAAUGUGGCCUUCUUUUGUAAAGCUCCCAGCAAGUAAGAAUAUUUAUCAGAAUCUUAACCAAUAGGACACUUUUUGGAGGAUUUUAAUGUGAAAAAAUAAAAGUGAGAAACAAAACAAACAAAAACUUGGAUGAUAUAAAUGAACAUUGACAAGUAAAUGCAAUAUCCAAGUGAAAGCCAGAAUCUAAAGAUUUUUCUGGUACUUUCAAGCAUAAACAGCAGGUAAUUCACCUUUGCAAAACAUUUUAAAGUCUGAACUUCCUCUGGUACCAAGAAACAGAGUUGGUCGCACAUCCAUGUAAAAAACAUGCUUUUUUUAAUACUAAUUCCCCAAAAAAUGUUUGGAUAUUUGUGGUGAUAAUGUCUCAUAAUCACAAGAGAAGCUCCGGCCCAUUAACCCUAGAUAUUGUGCCUGUAAAAAUGAGCUCAUCUUUAAUGAGCAAAUAUUAGUAGAAGGAAAAUUAGGCAAUUUGUCGGACGAGAUUUAGGUUAUUAUUAUUAUUAUUAUUAUUACAUGAGUGCAUCAGUAGUCCCAGUUGAUAAUGGCUUCCAGGCAUCUUUUCCUGCUGACAAAAGCCGUCCCCCGAGCUGAGAGAAGACUCUUAUUACUCUUGCAAAACCUGACAGAGUCGGGAUGAAAGGAUGGAUGGGCGGCAUGUGGAGGGCGGGCCGGUGAAAAGUUGUUUUUGAGAAAAAGACACAGAAGAUAAUGAGCUGUCAACAUGGAGGGAGAUGAAAGAGGUGUACUUUAUUCCAGCAGAGCAUUAAAUGACAGACCAAAGACAGAAAUUAGCAGCUCAGUCGGACAAGUUGUUUUUGUCAUAUUGUUUUAGCGAGCAAUAAUUCAGACAGAAGAUUUUCUUUUUUCACCUUUAUUUUCACUUCAUCAACUAAUGAAAAACCAAAGUUGAAGCAUUUUAAACAUUUUAUAGCAAUUGUUUUUUUUGCCUCACCACAGAGACUCUGUCAGGUGUGUUUCUGUAGGAGGAUCAAGCUGUUUCAGCACAAUCAGACUGAAAAUCAGUACUUUUAUGACACUGUUAUUUGAGCAUCUGCUCCUUACAUCUGUGCAAACUGGAUGAUGAUUCAAGCAUGGAAAGCAGGCACACAGAUCCAAGAAUUCAGAUCCCAAAUCCUAAAAAUAACCAGUUUUUCUGUGAGGUCCUGAAGUGGCCUCUCUGUGAGUGACCGCUGUGUCCUCGCAGGGAUUUCCUGACUCCAGAAAAGAGCAGAAAAUUCCCAGAAGACACCGAGUCGGACACAGAGCCAGCUGUAGCUGCGGUCAGGUCGUGCCCAGCAGAAUGAGAGGAAUGUGGAGCUGGAAAAAGGACGCUUUGUCUCUCUCAGCCUGUCUCAUGUCCUUCUGACUUUGUCUUACAUGCUACAAGGAUUCCCUUUUAUUUCACAGCUGUAGCAGAACAGCUGGCGUCCCCCCACAAGAAAAACCUAAUUAUGAAGAUUAUUUUCCCCGAUAAGUUUUAUAGAACCACCCUCAGACAGCUUUAUUUAACUUCUACUUCAAAUGUUUAAUUUAAAAAAGAAACCUUAACAGCCAGGUCUGGCUGGUUGUGCAGAGUGGCUGCUGCUGUUGAGUUCUUCAGGUGUCACGUUAGAGUGCUUUAAAGGAGCACAAACAACACUUAUCUCCUCUGAAUUUGGGCGGCAAAUGUUUCAGCACUGAAUAUCUCCAAAACAAAACAAUAUCCAAGCAAUUUGCAUUGCCAGAUUAAGAGAGUGGCAAAAUGUUUGAGUGAAGUGACCCUGUAAAAUCACAGGGCAACAGUGGGAAAAUAUUAUUCUAAAAAUGUGCUAAAGCACCCAGAAGUAGAGACCUUAACGAAACUAUGUGAUUGUGGUAAUCACCAAAAAUUAGACCAAAAGUUAAUCAAUCACACAUAUUAAAAUUAAGGCAUAAAAAUGUUAGUGUGGUUUUUU